UUGAAUCAAAUCACAUCGCACAUACAUUCUCUUCCUUCUUCUGAAGAUGAACAUAAUAAAGCUUUAACAGAAGGCAAUAAUAUAAAUCCACCAGAGUAUCUAGGCAAUAAUGAUGCUCAUAUUAAUUCUAAUGAUUACUUAAGUUCUAACGGUGAUGCUGGAGCCACACCGGGCGAAGUUACUGAAGAAGACGUGUGGAAAAUGAAGGCCGCAAUCUCACAGAAUUCUACAUUGGGCAUAGACUGGGUUAAUACACUGAAAACUUUGCAAACAUCACCCUAUUGCACUGUAAGUCCACUGACGAUUGCAUACAAUUCAGCACUGUCAGCUGCAGAAAGGAACUGUAACGCAGAUCUAUCUCUCAGCAUUAUUGAAGAUAUGAAGAAAAGUAGUGAAAAGGUUCUCGACGCUGUUAGCUAUAAGAUCGCAAUUAUGACAUGCGUAAAGUGUAAUCGUGUAGAAGAUGCACUGAGGUUAAAGGACGAACUCAUGGAAAGUGGCUUCAACAUCGAUCAUGGCACAAUAAGAAGUCUUUUAUGGCUAUUAUCCCAUAAUGGAUACGGCCACGAGGCACUUAAGCUGUUUGAAAUACUAAAAAAGUUGUGUGAGCUGUGUAAACACGAUAAAGGACUAGUACAAGCAGAUUAUCUGAACACUAUUGAAUCCUGUCUGCUGUCGAAUAUGUAUGAAGACUCAGUCGAUAUGUACGAUAAGCUGAAGAAAUCGCCAAAUUAUAAAUUGGACUCUAAAUCAUUUAAAACGUUGUUAGAAUUGGCAUAUAGCACCUCGGAUUCAGACUUAUGCAAAGAGUUAUACUCCCAGGCAGUUAAAGAGAAAUCGUUUGAACUUACUAAUUACCAUUAUAAGCUGAUCGUGAGAACUCUGCUGAUGAAUGGAAAUCUUGAUGUGGUACACACAAUUUGGAAAAACCUAAUGAAUGAGCCUAAUUUGUUUGACACAGCGCUGCUUCAACUGUUUCUGGAAAGCUACUCUACUUCGGGGGAUUUUAAAAACUCAUACGAAUUGUUGUUGUUGAUGGAUAAGGAGAUGUUGUUAAGGUCCUCUCAGCCUUAUUUACUAGCAAUCAAGUCCUGUGAGAAGUGCGGAGAGUGGAAUCUUGCAAUAAAGAUACUCAGGAUGGCUCAACAUAAACUGAACAAAAAUGAUAUAAGGAUGUAUAACGCUGUUUUAGCAGUUUGCCUGGUGGCAAAGGAAUGGGAUGCCAUGGCGUCAAUUUAUAAGGAAAUUUUUAAGGAUUCUGGAUCAACAAUGGGUCAAGAUCAGUUGAAACACAGUGAUUUGGUCCCAAAUGGAGAUACAAUAGCAUAUCUGUUAAUAUCAUUUUACCAUAUUGAUGAUCAACCGAUGAUAAAGUCGCUCCUGUCAAUCCCAGUCGUUGACACUCCACUGCUUUCUAAAAUUAGAAAAUCAUUAAAACAAUAA